AUGUGGGGAUCCUCCAUUCCACCCUCGGAACGUGACAGUCGUCGUAACCCAUGGCAUGAAGACGAUUAUCUUCGCAAUGGGAGAGAAGAAGCAGUGACUCCUGGUAGUCAAAGCGACGAUAGUACCGAUAAUGAGCCUCUUGAACGGGCGGGAACAUGGGGCGAACGCGAUGCCGGAAAGCUCGACUCAAAAACUGCGGCAGAAGAUCUUGAGGUGCUCCGAGGAGAACUUGCCUCGUUGUCCAGGUCACGAUCACGCGGAGCCCAAUCACAUCGAUCAGAUGCUUUGUCCCGGACUGUUAGUAGGAUCAGUACUCGACAGACCCAACGUCGAGGGUCGGUUUCACGCGCCGAGGAAGGCACAGGCGACGUGGAGGACGAUAAGCCCGGUGACAUUGGAGGUGCCCUCGCCAGCGAAAAGGAAGACGAUUUCGAACUUGGUGAAUUCAUGCGCGAAGGACACUUUGAGAAGCGCAAGAAUGGCCAAUCAGCCAAGAAGGUCGGCGUCGUCUACAAGAACCUCACAGUCAAGGGCAUAGGAUCUACCGCCUCUUUUGCGAGAACCUUACCCGAUGCUAUCAUAGGAACGUUUGGUCCAGACCUCUACCGCAUUGUAACGAACCUGUUUCCAGCACUCAGGUUUGGAAAGAACAAGAAUAUGCGGACUUUGAUUCACGACUUCUCCGGCGUUGUCAAGGACGGAGAGAUGAUGCUAGUCCUAGGACGACCUGGAUCUGGUUGUUCAACUUUUCUCAAGGUCAUUGCCAACGACCGAGAGAGCUAUGCUGCUGUCGAAGGUGAGGUAUCGUAUGGCGGUAUACCCGCCGACAAGCAGAGGAAGCAGUUUCGGGGCGAAGUCAACUACAACCCAGAAGACGACUCUCACAUGGCUGACCUGAAUGUGUGGCAGACACUCAAGUUCGCCCUCACCAACAAGACCAAGAAGCACGAGAAGCAUGAGAUUCCAAUUAUACUUGAGGCACUCCUCAAAGUUUUUGGUAUAUCCCACACAAAGUACACAAAAGUGGGAAACGAAUACGUUCGAGGAGUCAGUGGAGGUGAGCGGAAGCGUGUCUCUAUUGCCGAGACUCUUGCGACCAAGAGCACAGUAAACUGCUGGGAUAACAGUACUAGGGGUCUUGAUGCAAGUACUGCUCUUGACUAUGCCAAGUCGUUGCGUAUCAUGACCGACAUGAGUAAUCGCACAACGCUAGUCACUUUGUACCAAGCAGGCGAAGGCAUCUACGAGUUAAUGGACAAAGUCAUGGUCAUUGAUGCUGGCCGAUGCAUCUACCAGGGUCCAGCGCGUGCUGCAAAGCAGUACUUCAUCGACCUCGGUUUCAAGUGUCCGGAGCGCCAAACCACGGCCGAUUUCCUGACAGCAGUGACCGAUCCCACCGAGCGUCAGUUCCGUCCUGGCUUCGAGGACAAGGCACCCAAGACGUCGGAGGAGCUCGAAAAGGCAUAUCGUGAGAGUGAGGCGUACAAGAGCGUACUGAGAGAGAUACAGGAGUAUGAAGAAGAGUUGGAAAGAAGUGGAUAUAUGGAUGCCAAAGAGUUUGAGGGAGCCGUCCGCGAGAGCAAGAGUAAGACUGUACGCAAGAAAUCGCCCUUUACCGUAUCCUUUGUCCGCCAGGUCAUUGCUUGUACCCAGCGAGAGUUCUGGUUAACCUGGGGUGACAAGACGACGCUCUACACCAAGUUCUUCAUCAUCAUCUCCAACAGUUUUAUCGUCGGAUCACUGUUCUACGGCCAAGCCAUGGAUACCUCUGGUGCCUUUACCCGUGGCGGUUCUGGCUUCUUUUCCAUUCUCUUCCUCGGCUGGCUCCAGCUGUCUGAGCUGAUGAAGGCAGUGUCUGGACGCGAUGUUGUCAAACGACACGAGGAUUACGCUUUUUACCGUCCCAGCGCUGUGGUUAUCGCUCGCGUUGUACAAGAUUUCCCCCUAUUGCUUGCACAAGUCAUUCCGUUCUCAAUCAUCAUGUAUUUCAUGAAUGGUCUCGACGUCGAUGCUUCCAAAUUCUUCAUCUACUUUCUCUUCAUCUACACCACCACGUUCUGCGUUACCGCGCUGUAUCGCAUGUUUGCUGCUCUAUCCCCGACUAUUGAUGAUGCGGUGAGAUUUGCUGGUCUCGCACUCAAUCUCCUCAUCAUCUACACCGGCUAUGCUAUUCCCAAGACGCAGCUGCUGGGCAAGUAUAUUUGGUUCGGGUGGUUGUACUGGGUCAACCCGGUCGGGUACUCCUUUGAAGCUGUUCUCACUAACGAGUUCUCUGACCGGACAAUGGAGUGCGCUCCCAGCCAGCUGGUACCUCAGGGUCCUGGUGUUGACCCUGCUUACCAAGGAUGCAGCUUGACGGGUGCACAACCGAACUCGAGAUCAGUAUCCGGUGCAGACUACCUCGAGGCGUCGUUCAGCUACUCGCGGGCAAAUCUUUGGCGUAAUUUUGGUGUUGUAGUAGCCUUUGCUGUGCUGUACAUCUUGGUGACAGUGAUUGCCACUGAGACGAUUUCUUUUGCAAAGUCUGGCGGGGGUGCAUUGAUCUUUGCAAAGACUAAGCGUGCAAAGAACGUUGUCAAGGAAGAUGGCCCUGUGGAUGAAGAGAAGGUGGUGUCUGGUGAGUCGGUGUCGAGCUCCAACACUACUGCCCACGAGGAAGAGGCACUCGAGGCCAUUUCAAGCAGUGAAAGUGUCUUUACCUGGAAAGAUGUCGAAUAUACUGUUCCGUACCAGGGAGGUGAGCGCAAGCUUCUCAACAAGGUUAAUGGAUAUGCGAAACCUGGUGUCAUGAUUGCACUCGUGGGUGCUUCAGGUGCAGGCAAGUCAACUUUGCUCAACACCCUUUCGCAACGACAGACAACUGGAGUAGUUUCUGGGGAAUUCCUUGUCGAUGGCCGUGAUCUGGGUAAAGCAUUCCAACGCGGAACUGGCUUCUGCGAGCAAAUGGAUCUUCACGACGGUACGGCCACGAUUCGCGAAGCCCUUGAGUUCUCUGCUCUCUUGCGACAGGACAGGAAGACACCUCGGAAAGAGAAGCUGGACUACGUCGAUAAAAUUAUCGAACUCCUUGAACUCGAGGAUAUUCAAGAUGCGUUAAUUGAGAGCCUGGGCGUCGAGCAGAAGAAGCGUCUAACCAUUGGUGUCGAGCUUGCCGCAAAGCCCUCACUCUUGCUUUUCCUCGACGAACCAACGAGUGGUCUCGACAGCAACUCUGCAUAUUCCAUCGUACAAUUCCUCAAGAAGCUCGCACAAGCCGGCCAAGCCAUUGUCUGCACCAUCCACCAGCCCAGCAGUGUCCUCAUCCAGCAAUUCGAUAUGAUCCUCGCCCUCAACCCCGGCGGCAACACCUUCUACUUCGGCCCCGUAGGAGAAAACGGCAAAGACGUUAUCAACUACUUUGGCACUCGCGGCGUCCACUGCCCUCCAAGCAAAAACGUUGCAGAGUUCAUACUCGAAACCGCCGCUAAACCCAUCAAGCGCGCCGACGGCACCAAGAUUGACUGGAACGACGAAUGGCUUAGAUCUCCCAACAACGCCCAGCUCCUCGAAGAAAUCGAGAAAAUCAAGUCAUCCCGCAGUAAAAUCUCUUCACCCACGCAGAACGCCGAUGAAGGAAGCGACUCCGAAUUCGCAGCCUCAACCUGGACCCAAACCCGCCUCCUCACGCUCCGCACUCUAACCCAAUACUACCGCUCCCCCUCCUACCUCUACUCCAAACUCUUCGUCUCCCUCAUCCUCGGCCUCUUCAACGGCUUCACCUUCUACCACCUCGGCACCAGCACCACCGACCUACAAAACCGGCUCUUCACCAUCUUCCUCAUCGUGCUCCUCCCACCCACAAUCGUCAACGGCGUAGUCCCCAAGUUCUACUCAAACAUGGCCUUAUGGACCGCGCGGGAACUUCCCUCACGAAUCUACGGCUGGACCGCAUUCGCCACCGCCCAAGUCAUCGCCGAGAUACCAGCCGCCGUCGUAUCAAGCGUCGUCUAUUUCCUCCUCUGGUACUUCCCCACCGGUCUCCCCUCCGAUCCCAGCACCGCGGGCUACGUAUUCCUCAUGACGCUUUUAUUUUUCCUCUUCAUAUCCUCGUGGGGCCAGUGGAUCUGCGCCUUCGCCCCCUCAUUCACCGUCAUAUCAAACGUCCUUCCCUUCUUCUUCGUCAUGUUCGGCCUGUUCAACGGUGUCGUGCGCCCGUAUGCCGCCAUCCCCGUCUUCUGGCGCUACUGGAUGUACUAUGUUAAUCCUGCGAUGUAUUGGAUUGCCGGCGUCCUGGCGGCGACCAUGACCGGCGUGCCCGUCCAGUGCAGUCAGAAGGAAACGGCCGUGUUUGAUACCCCAAAUGCCAUUUCCUGCCAGGAGUAUGCAAGCGCGUUUUUGGAGUCGGCGUCCGGGUACCUCGUCAAUCCGAAUGCGACGGCCCGGUGCCAGUACUGUGCGUAUAGCGUUGGUGAUGAUUAUCUCGCCUCGCUGAAUAUCGCGGCGGGGGAUAAGUGGAGGGAUUUUGGCAUUUUCCUUGCCUUUUGCCUGAGUAAUUGGGCGUUGGUCUAUUUUUUCGUGUGGAGUGUGAGGAUUAAGGGGUGGAGCUUUGGGUUUGCGACUGUGUUUGGGGGGUUGGGCAAGGGGAUUGAGAAGGUCAAGGGGAUGAUGGUGAAGAGGAACAAGGCUUGA